UAAACCUUCUUUCUGCAGCAGUGGCAGUCAUGGCUGUUCUCUGGGAACUCGUCCUCGUCGGCUGUCUGCUCUGCGUGACGGCAGGACAAGUCCACGUGAGCGUGCACCUGGCGGAGAACGCCUCCCUGCCAUGUCGGAGUCCUGCGGCUGGAACGAUCUCGGUGCUGAAGUGGAGCAGACCCGACCUGAACGGCGCCGGCUACGUCUUCUUCUACAGACACAACCGCCGCCUGGACAGCUACCAGCAUCCGUCGUUCCGCGGCCGAGUGCAGCUGAGGGAGCCGGACAUGGGGGACGGAGACGCUUCUCUGGUGCUGAGGAACGUCAGCGCUGGAGACGCUGGAACAUACGAGUGCUACGUGUCUUUGAGGGACGAGCGCCGCAGCCGGAGAGCUCUGGAGACGAGUCAGUUCGUCACGCUCAGCGUCACAGGUGAAACACAUCGAGCUGCAGAGAAGCUGGAGUUCAUCAGAGAGGAACCUGAGGGAGACACGCAGGAUGCAGUAACCGUGGAAACCAGCACCCCUCUGGCUGUUGUUGUUGUUGUUGUUGUUGUUGUUUGUGUUUUAGGAUUUGUGAGUCUGUUGACAGUAAUGAGACAUAAGCAGCAGAAAAAUGUUAAAGACCCUCCCGAGGCAGAGGAGCAGUCCAUGGUCGCUGAGACGUGAAUGAAUGGCCUUUACUGUCGUUAUACAGGCUCGAAGGAGGCUGGAGAAAUGUUCAGCAAACACUCUGUUUUACUGACACGUGUUCAUUCAUCAGCAGCAGCUCAGAGUCUGUAUUUAAUGUUCAAACUGUCACUUCAUGAACUGUGUUCUAAUUAAACGCCGUCACGCUAA